AUGAUGAACCAACAAAUGAACAAUACUGUUUAUGACAGCGCCUCCAAGUCUCAGAUGGGCUACGAUUCUGAUUAUGCAAAUCUCCGACAGAGGCAGAGCGGCUAUGCUAUGCCGAUCCUGUUUGCUCUUGUCGCCCUCUCCUAUGCUGUCAAUAUUCCUUCCCUUGUGGUUGGUGUGAUGGCGUACGUUGAGUCUCACAAGACUCCAAAGACAGUUCAGUCGCAACCCAUCAUUGUGACUCCCUGUUAUCUCGAACCUCCUCAGUCAUUUCUGACUGCGAUGAGCAGCACUUGGUCAUACUCGGGUCUUACUGGCCCAUCGUACUGGAUGAAUCUGUCACCGCUGUACACGACAUGCGGGACGGGAAAGAAGCAGUCGCCUAUCAACAUAGACAGCUCCCUGACGCAGGCUGCGGCGGCAACCGAUCCAGACCUUAGACUCUCAUACUUUCAAAAUCAGGAUGUUGGAAAGCUUGUGCAGAACGACUUUUCUAACAAAGUAACUCUCACUAACGAUGGGUACGGGAUCAAGAUUACAACGCUCGGUCUGUUCAUGAACUAUGGAUCUCUGUGGUAUCAGCUUGUUAACUUACGAUUCCACACUCCAUCGGAGCAUACGAGCACGGCUCAGAGAUCACUGAUUCUGAGCGUCCUGGUGGAAGAAGGCGGCCUAGCAUCCCCAGCGUACCUCGCUGAUGUACUUGCAAAGAUCCCGACGAGUUCAGUCGGGCAGGUCCUACAGGUCUCACUGGACAUGACACAGAUGCUCACUGGGAUCUUGUUCCCCAACGGAGGCAACACCACUACUGCUGUGCCAUACUACACCUACUCCGGGAGCUUGACGGCUCCUCCUUGCAGUGAAGAUGUGCAGACGAGGAAGAUGUUUCAAGUGUGGUGA